CAGAGUGGCAGCUUAGCUUGGUUGCUAGGUGACUGAACUUCGUCUGCAACAAGCUUCAUCAGCUGACAGCCCAACUGUCAUAAUAAACGCCCUCCCGAAAGCUCUUCAGAAAUUUUAAACGAGCUCGGCUGUUUUAUCGUCGUUGUCUUCAGUAGAAGCAAAAGUUAUAUUUUUUCAGCUUUAAGCCGAAUACAACUCAGUUCCCUUCAGUUUUGUCUAAAAUGACGGAUUCAAAAUACUUCACUACCACGAAAAAAGGUGAAAUUUUCGAGUUGAAAUCGGAAUUGAACAGUGAAAAAAAAGAAAAGAAACGGGAAGCAGUCAAAAAGGUUAUUGCAUCAAUGACUGUUGGGAAGGAUGUAUCAGCACUUUUCCCAGAUGUUGUUAACUGCAUGCAAACUGACAACUUGGAACUGAAAAAAUUGGUUUACCUUUAUUUGAUGAACUAUGCAAAGAGUCAACCUGAUAUGGCCAUUAUGGCAGUUAACACUUUUGUCAAGGAUUGUGAGGAUCCUAAUCCUCUUAUAAGAGCUCUAGCUGUGCGGACAAUGGGCUGCAUAAGAGUGGACAAGAUCACAGAAUACUUGUGUGAACCAUUGAGAAAAUGUCUAAAGGAUGAGGAUCCCUAUGUCAGAAAAACAGCUGCAGUGUGUGUGGCAAAAUUGCAUGACAUCAAUGCUAGUCUAGUAGAAGACCAAGGAUUCCUUGACCAACUAAAAGAACUUUUGAGCGACUCGAAUCCUAUGGUGGUUGCUAAUGCUGUUGCAGCUUUAUCCGAAAUCAAUGAAGCAUCUAGUAGUGGUGUACCUCUUGUGGAAAUGAAUACCCAAACUAUUAAUAAGCUUUUGACAGCUUUGAAUGAGUGCACUGAAUGGGGUCAAGUUUUUAUUCUAGAUUCGAUCUCUAACUAUAGUCCUAAGGACGAAAGGGAGGCUCAAAGUAUCUGUGAGCGAAUUACCCCUCGUUUGGCUCAUGCAAAUGCCGCCGUAGUGCUCAGUGCCGUAAAAGUCCUAAUGAAGCUAAUGGAAAUGAUGGCACCUGAUGCAGACUUUGUUGUUAAUUUGAGUAAAAAAUUGGCUCCACCGCUCGUGACACUCUUGUCGUCUGAACCGGAAGUUCAGUAUGUUGCUUUGCGAAACAUCAAUCUGAUUGUUCAAAAACGACCAGACAUUCUGAAGAACGAAAUGAAGGUUUUCUUCGUCAAAUACAAUGACCCGAUCUACGUCAAAUUGGAGAAGCUGGACAUCAUGAUCCGUCUUGCCAAUCAAUCCAACAUUGCCCAAGUGUUGUCUGAGCUGAAGGAGUACGCUACAGAAGUAGAUGUUGAUUUCGUUCGAAAAGCCGUGCGAGCAAUCGGUCGAUGCGCCAUCAAAGUUGAACCCUCGGCCGAGCGAUGCGUUAGCACUUUACUUGACCUCAUUCAAACGAAAGUGAAUUAUGUCGUGCAAGAGGCUAUCGUCGUCAUCAAAGAUAUUUUCCGCAAAUACCCCAAUCGUUACGAGAGCAUCAUCUCCACCUUAUGCGAGAACUUGGACACGCUGGAUGAGCCUGAAGCCCGAGGCUCCAUGAUCUGGAUCAUUGGAGAGUAUGCCGAACGUAUCGACAAUGCUGAUGAACUAUUGGAAAGUUUCCUGGAGGGCUUCCAGGAUGAGAGUACCCAAGUACAGCUGCAGCUGCUAACCGCCAUAGUCAAGCUAUUCCUCAAACGCCCUGCGGACACGCAAGAAUUGGUCCAGCAAGUUCUGACACUAGCCACACAGGAUUCCGACAACCCAGAUUUACGUGAUCGUGGCUUCAUUUACUGGCGUCUAUUGUCGACUGAUCCGGCGGCGGCACGUGAGGUGGUGUUGGCUGACAAGCCACUGAUUUCUGAAGAAACGGAUCUUCUGGAACCGUCACUGCUUGAUGAACUCGUCUGUCACAUUGCUUCGCUGGCCUCCGUCUAUCACAAACCGCCUUCCGCUUUUGUGGAAGGUCGUGGAUUGGGCUCCUCCCGCCGUGCUCUUCCUACUCGCUCUGGAUCACAAGACAUCUUGGAGUCGAGCCCUUCUCACGGAGAGCGUUCUGGAGUAAUUCCCACCCAAGAAUCGCUGAUUGGCGAUCUACUAACAAUGGAUCUUGGCGGUCCACCAGUACCAUCUUCAGUGCCCGCCACGCCAUUCGCUUCAUCCGGGCUGGAUCUGUUGAGCGGCGGGUUGGAUGGGUUGCUCAGCGAUAGUCCUUCCGUUCCGCCGCCGCAAGCUGCACCAGCACCUUCUGUUGGUCUCCUCGGUGACAUUUUCGGUCUUGCACCUUCCGCAUCUACGUCGUACGUCGCUCCAAAGCAGAUGUGGUUGCCAGCUGCUCGUGGUAAAGGCCUAGAGAUUACAGGCACCUUCUCUCGUCGCAACGGCCAAAUUCAAAUGGAGAUGACGAUGACGAACAGAGCCAUGCAACCCAUGAUGCAAUUUGCUGUUCAACUGAACAAGAACAGCUUUGGCUUGGUGCCUGCUGCCCCAUUACACGUAGUCUCUCCAUUGGCACCAAAUCAGUCUUAUGAAGCUGUUUUGCCUCUCAAUCCGACUGGUCCCGUCCAGAGAAUGGAACCCCUCACCAACCUUCAAGUUGCCAUCAAGAACAACAUUGACGUUUUUUACUUUGCCGUCGUUAUGCCGAUGAACAUCUUCUUUGCUGAAGACGGGCAAAUGGACAAACGGGUCUUUUUGUCUACGUGGAAGGACAUCCCUGCUGCCAAUGAGGUACAAUACACCAUCAACAACGUGAAUAUGAGUGCCGACGCCGUCUCGUCCAAGAUGCAGCAGAACAACGUUUUCACCAUCGCAAAGCGUAACGUCGAAGGUCAAGACAUGCUGUAUCAAUCACUCAAGCUAGUUAACGGUAUUUGGAUUCUUUCCGAGUUGAAGAUGCAACCCGGCAAUCCAACACUGAUCCUGGCAGUCAAGACUAGGGCGCCGGAUGUUUCAGCCGGCGUCAACACUGCAUUUGACGCUAUCCUUCACAGUUAGAUGUUAUUCUUUGUUUUGUUUUUUUUCAAAUUUUUUCUUUUCUUAUUCUCCCCAAUUUGUCUCCGUGAACCAGUGUAGACAUGUUUCAAUUUCGAAUGUCAGUUGAGCUUAGCUUUAACUGUUUUUCAUCUUCACCCAACAUUCCUCCUGUGCUUUUCCCUCGUACCUUUCUUCUCUUUGCUGUUAUGUUGGAUGGAGCGUAAUAAUUAUUUGUUUUCUAUCUUCUUGGCAUACACAUUGUGUUAUCGAAA